AUGGCAAAUGCAACGGAAAGCCUCAACCGCUGGGCCCUCGUCUCCUCUCUCUACGGCCCCGGCACCUUCUGGAGCUGGCUCAUCAUCGUAGCCUCUGUCUUCACAAGCUGGACCGUCAACCCAAUCACAAAACGAUUGGACUCAAUCACAAACGACACAAUCGCCGCGCUUACACUGCCUGUGGUCGCAGCUGUAGAUGCACUCUACCAACUUGCCAAAUAUGACCGACCUGACCGUCCACGAUUGCUUUUGAGCGAUUCACCAGAAGAUAUCCAGCUCGUCGCUGCGCUUGAGGCCCCGCUUGCUAUCUGUGAAGUCUACGUUGUGCUGGCGAUUUUCCUGCAUAGCGCUGCGUCGAGGCGACAUCAGUGGAAGAGGGUGGGCUGUGUUACUUUAUCGACUCUUUUGUGCUUUUCGCCGCAGCUGGUUAUCUUCUUCACAUACCCUGAUCUCCCUGUAUCAAGAAGCACUUUCGCUCGACCAUUUCUAUUCAACUUUGUUAUAGCGCUGGGCUUCAUAUCGGGGAUCAUGGCCAUCAUGACAGGAGUGUCCAUUGUUCGGACUGUUGUUGUCACCGUGUAUCGCAGAGCUAAGCCUUCCAGCAGUGAAGACCAAGAGAAGCCUAUAGAGAGGCGCAGCGGAUUCGAGAAAUGGUCGAAUAUCUUUGCAGCAGUUCUCAUCGCAAGUAUCAUCUCAUUUGUUAAAUAUGGGUUUGUUGGCAACACGAUGGCCUUUGCUAUGGGCGUGCUCGGAUAUCAAACUCGCAUGAUAAGAUUUAUGCCCAAGAGUAACGUCUGUCUUACGGAUUUGGAUCAGAUUGUUGCGUUGGCAGGCGGUGCCUUUACGCUUUUGCAGGUUCCCGCGCUCGUUCUCGACAAUGGCUUUGUACUCACGGAAGUAACCGUCAUCUGCGAGUAUCUCGAUGAGAUAGCCCGGGGUGGCAUAUCACUCUUUGGCGAAACACCCCUCGAGCGUGCCGAAACACGCAUGUGGCUUAGACGAAUGGAUCUCGAAAUCGCACAACCUGUCAUAUCAUGGGUUCGUAAUGAUCCGGGCACUGCAGACUUCUAUAUAGGACAUCAAAUUCCUGAUCCGGAAGCGAGAUUGGCACAGAAGGUUACUAUUCAGCAGUAUCUGAACCUGUUGGAUGAGCAGCUGGAGGGAACGAAAUAUUUUUGCGGCGAGAGGUUUUCGGCGGCGGAUAUUCACUUCUAUAGUCUGAUGAAGGGAAAGACUACGGGUACGGCGCCGUGGAUACUUCAUCCCGGGAGGAAGAAUGUUGUCGGAUAUUUUGAGAGGAUGGAUGCUAGGGAGGCUAGCAAGAAGGCGCUGGAGGUCUUUGGAGCCAGACUUGAGGCUCAAUAG